UGCAGUGACUCAGAGUGGAAGCGCUAGAAACAAAAACACCGCGACGCGACAUUUUUCAUCUUAUUUCAUUUCCUCUUCAUCUACAGGCCCGAUUUACACGGUCCGAUCUAAAAAACAGCAAUACUGCAUGAUCGGAACUAAUCCGACUGUAAUCGAACACGAGAGGUUUGAAGCUGAUUGUGGGACAUUCGACAUCAGGGUCUUUAAAGAGGCAGACGGCCGUCUGCCGUGUCUGUCGCGAGACGCCCGUGCGCCAGGACCUCCGGCCGGGUACCAGCGGGUCACUUCCAUGAGGUCAGAUGGGCUGAAAUGGGUUUCCCCUCAGAAACAUGAGAGAGAGAACAAUGACGUCCAUUCAAGCGUGUAGCGCUUUCACAGCUCUGAUGCUGCUCAUCUGCGUCUCACACUCAUAGAAGACUCCGACCCCCCCAUCCCAUCCCACCCCAACACACACACACACACACACUCGACAUGUCUGCUCUACAGGCAUCAUGGCCGCCCGGCACCGAGUGUGUGGCCAAGUAUAAUUUCCAGGGCAGCACAGAGCAGGAUCUGCCCUUCUGUAAAGGAGACUUACUGACCAUCAUCGGUGUAACCAAGGACCCAAACUGGUACAAAGCAAAGAACAUAGUGGGCAGUGAGGGCACCAUCCCAGCAAACUACGUCCAGAAGAGAGAGGGCGUGAAAUCUGGAGGCAAACUGAGUCUCAUGCCAUGGUUUCACGGUAAGAUCACGCGAGAUCAGGCCGAGCGGCUGUUGUAUCCGCCAGAGACGGGUCUGUUUCUGGUGCGCGAGAGCACAAAUUUCCCCGGCGACUACACGCUGUGUGUGAGCUGUGAGGCCAAGGUGGAACAUUACCGCAUCAUCUAUCACAGCGGAAAACUCUCCAUCGAUGAGGAGGAAUACUUCGACAACCUCAUGCAGCUGGUGGAGCACUACACGAAAGACGCAGACGGUCUGUGCACACGCUUGAUCAGACCCAAACUGAUGGAGGGGACGGUGGCAGCGCAGGACGAGUUCUCCAGGAGUGGAUGGGCUCUGAACAGAAAAGAUCUGAAACUUCUGCAGAGUAUCGGUAAAGGAGAGUUUGGAGAUGUAAUGGUCGGAGAUUACCGCGGCUCAAAAGUGGCUGUGAAGUGCAUCAAACAUGACGCCACGGCUCAGGCGUUCAUCGCUGAAGCUUCAGUCAUGACUCAGAUGAGACACCCUAACCUGGUGCAGUUAUUGGGUGUGAUCGUGGAGGAGAGGGGCAGUCUGUACAUCGUCACAGAAUACAUGGCAAAGGGCAGUCUGGUGGAUUACCUGCGCUCGCGGGGUCGUACCGUGCUCGGGGGCGAGUGUCUUCUCAAGUUCUCUCUUGACGUGUGUGAAGCGAUGGAGUAUUUGGAGGCCAAUAACUUCGUUCACAGAGAUCUGGCGGCUCGUAACGUCCUGGUGUCCGACGACAACAUUGCCAAAGUGAGUGACUUCGGUUUGACCAAAGAAGCCUCGUCCACACAGGACACGGCCAAACUGCCGGUGAAAUGGACGUCACCGGAGGCUCUGCGAGAGAAGAGGUUUUCCACCAAAUCAGACGUUUGGAGUUAUGGAGUUCUUCUCUGGGAGAUCUUUUCCUUCGGCCGCGUGCCGUACCCGAGAAUCCCGCUGAAGGAGGUUGUGCCGCGGGUGGAGAAGGGAUAUAAGAUGGAUCCUCCUGACGGCUGUCCGGCCGCCGUCUAUGAUCUGAUGAAGCAGUGCUGGACACUGGACGCCGCCGGACGACCCUCCUUCCUCAUGCUGCGGGAGAAACUGCAGCACAUCAGAGCCAAAGAGCUGUCUCUGUGAGGGGCCGCGGGGGUCCGUCUGAGAGCCGGGACGCUGCGAGAGUAAAGAGGACAAGAGAAAAACCGUUGUGUCACAAAACCAAACCUCUAACUGUGGAUCAACAUUCUCGCUCUGCUUGUGUGAGUGUGUGAGUGUGUGUUUGAUGAUGGACGCACACUCUUCACAUGAGAGGAGGAACACUCAUCGUGUGUGUGUGUCGCUCAUGUCAUUCUCCUCUCUGCUCGUAGCAUCAGUGAGGAUUGCGGGUCUUUUCCUCCUGUGUUUUCUCUUUAUGUUUUUUGCUGAAGUGAUUGUCAUGGGAACACGCAGCUCAUAUUUUACCCCGACUGUUAUUAGUAAGUGCUCUUUAUUUCAACCAAACCACUGUUGGUUUUUUGUGUUGUAACAUCAUUUAUGUCACUUACUAUAUCAUAAAAGUAUCAAAUAAUGUGAGAAACUAUCUCUAGAUUAUGAGUACUGUAUGAAUAAAGCAGUUGAAGUAUG